AAUCGAUUGUCGCAUACUCCACAUCCGAAAUCCCACAACACCCCGCUCAGUAUCGCUAUAUAGCGGAGUACGAGCAAGAAAAAGUUAUUGGUUAUAGGAAGGAGAUAUACAGAAAAAUAGAAUCUCGAAAAUGCGGCAAAAUUUCAUCGGAAUGGUUAUUUCGCAGGGGAAGAUGAGGAAGACGGUGAAGGUCCGGGUGCAGAUACCAGUUAUGCGGAAGAAGUUGGGAAUCUUGGUGAACAAGCGGAGAGAUUUCCUGGUGCACGACGAAGGCGAGUUAACUCGGGAAGGCGACAUCGUCCGCAUUGAGUCCACGCGCCCACUUUCUGCGACCAAGUUCUUUGCCAUUGCAGAGAUCAAGAACCCCAAAGGCCGAGUGUUUGAGAAAUACCGCGAGAUUGCGUCGCUGGAGGAUUACAUCAAGUUUCUGCACAGCCAAACGAAGUAUAAGUCUCUGACGGCCGUUCCCGUCGACGAGACCUUUCUACCGACUGACCCGGGUCUGUUGGCGGGAUUGCCAGAAAGGUUCACGCCGGAUAUCCUACAGAUUAUUCACCGACAUGGCGCGCCGAAGGUCGAUUACGAGGGCGAGAUUUUCGCAAACGCAAGUCUGGCGAGCGACCCUGGCUUCCGCUCCAGCGUGCGUGCGUUCAGCAUGCUCAAGCGCAUCAAUGACCCCCAGAUUGCCGACAGGACAACGCUUGAUGAGAUUAAGAAAUCGAUCGAAACGGAGUAUGACUUGAAGAAGCCGCUCGAGCAGUACCUCAAGGGACCUGCGGCGAUUGCGGCAGCGCUGGCUAAGGACUAUAAAGCACGGGCGGAACAGAUACUUCGCCCUAAAGAGCCGAACAGUGAGGAGGAUUCCAAUGAGCAGGAUAAGCUACUGGCUGCGCAGCAGGCUGAGGAUCUUGGUAGUCAGGAGGAUUUAGAGAAGGCUUUGCUGGCUGAGCAACAGGCUGAAGAGCAGGUCACAGAGCAGACUACCGAGCAGGCUUCAGAACAGGCUACCGAGCAGGCUUCAGAACAGGCUGCAGAGCAGGCUACCGAGCAGGCUACCGAGCAAGCUUCAGAACAGGCUUCAGAGGAACCUGAGCAGCCGACUCAGGAGCCGCCGAAUGAAACAAAGUGAUCGAGUUAAAAAGAAAAGAUAUGGGCUGUUGAUGGCUAGGGUCGACCGGCCGGAUGUUUUUAUGUACUCCUCGGGUGCUUGUAAAUAUGAUACAAAAUAUAUAAUCAACC